CUCCCACAUCCAGUAGAGUGAAUGCGCACGCAUUCUCUCGCGCAGCCAUCCAAACCUUCCCGUUCCUCUAGCACACUGCACAGACGCUCCAGCCAAUUUGACAGUCGGUCUGAUAUCAUCUCUGAGGAACUGAGCGGUUGGAGGACCGGAGAAAAGAAACACGCGGUUUGCGUCCAUAUGAGGAGUCACUGACCGUGGGAACGAUGAUAAUCACGAAUCCUUCCCCGGACAGCAGGACUUAAAACCUGCAGUCCCACUGCUCAACCCUUCCCUUUUAUUUCCACAUUUUAGUAGAGAUACGGACGUAGCGACAUUUUUGUACCAUCUCCCUCGUUGUAGCCUAUUUUAACCCCUGUAUAUUGAGCUUGACAGUGUCUUGGGACGAUGUGGAAAACCGGUCUUCUUCUCCUCUUUUGGGGACUAUUAACGUCUGGUGAACUCCAGCAAGAAGAAACGGAGCCAGAGCGCCGAAGUCUGCCACCGUCGGGAAAGUUGGAUUUUGGCUAUGUGCCUCAGGGAGUUUACCAAACCCUCGCCUAUUACGAACCUGGAGUAAUAGGGUUACUGUUCCACAUGGUGCACGCUUUCCUAUACGUCGUGCAGCCCAACCCGUUCCCGGAAGAUCUCGUCAUCAAAGUCGCCAAGGAUAAAUUUGGAGCCAUUCAGUCGGAGUAUCAGAAGCCAGAGAACAUUGUUCUGACGCUCCAGGCCAUCUACUAUGAGACAGGUUUCGUGGUGUGUGCUGUGCUCGGCCUGCUCUUCAUGGUCCUGCUGCCCCUGGUCGGCCUCUUCUUCUGCCUGUGCCGCUGCUGCGACAACUGUGGUGGCGAGAUGCACCAGCGCCAGCGGAAGAACGCAGACUGCCAACGGGGCCUGCUCACCACACUGCUCUUCGCCACCUCGCUCGUCAUCACGGCUGGAGUACUGUGUGCGUAUGCAGCUAACCAGAACCUGAGCUCACAGCUCAAAGGCAUGAGGAGAUUGGUCAGUAGCAACCUGAGGGACCUGCAGAGUUUUACCAACGAGACGCCAACGCAAGUUGAUUAUCUAAUAGCACAAUACGCCACUGCCAAGAACAAAGUCAUUUCUGACUUGGAUAAUGUGGGUCCUCUGCUUGGAGGGAAGAUCCAUGAGGAAUUGGGGAAAGAGGUCUGUCCUGCAAUGGACGGAGCGCUCCAUAUGGCUGGUGUCAAAGUGGAGAGGGCCAUUAAAGCCAUGCGGGAGACCAAAGACGCCCUGGAGAAUGUGAGUAUGUCUCUGGAGGUUCUUCAGGAGGCGACAGGGAAGCUCCACUUCAACCUGAGCCUGGUGCGCUUCAGCCUCAAUAGAACCCUCAACGACCCGGGCUGCAACGACGAGGACUCGGACGCCACCACCGCCCAGCUCUGCCUCUCCAUCCGUAGCUCCCUGGCACAGCUCCACGUCAGCGCCAACUUCACCCGGUUACCUGAUAUGAACAAUCAGCUGGAAAGUUUGAAUCAAUUGAUGAAAACGGACCUCAGCAAUAUCAUUCAAAAGGGCUACUCCUCAUUCAAUGACACUCCAGGCAUGGUGAGUGACCAGAUGAGGAACGUAUUCGAGGGAGCCCGGGGCAUGUUGGACAUCAUCGGCACCAACAUCAGCAGCUUCUCCAAGGUGUUCCCUGUACACAGCACUAUGGCCAACUUCACCAACUUCAUUAGUCACACACACUCCAAGAUAGAAGACUCCUACCCCGAGAUCGACCAGAUCGACUUCUACAGGUGGAUUUGCUGUAUUGGCCUGUGCUGCAUGGUGGUUCUCAUCCUUGCUUUCAACUUCCUGGCCAUACUGUGUGGCACCAUAGGCUAUGACAAGCAUGCCUCCCCCACCACACGGGGCUGUGUCUCCAACACCGGCGGCACCCUGCUUAUGGCCGGUGUGGGCUUCAGCUUCCUCUUCUCCUGGAUACUGAUGGGAGUGGUGACCGCCACCUUUCUGGUCGGGGGAAACUUGGAGAAGCUGGUCUGCGAGCCCUUCCACACCAAGCAGCUCUUCAAGGUUUUGGACACUCCUCACCUGGUGAACCCUGAGUGGAGGAACUUCAUCCCAGGGUACAUGUACAAUGACUCAGACCUGGAUCUCACAGUGGAGAGUCUCUACAGUAAUUGCAAGGAGAACAGAGGUAUUUACUCUGCCAUGCGCCUGGACAAAGUCUUCAAUGUCACACCCUUCCUAAACUCUAGCCUGUACACCAAGGAGGUGGGGAAGAUGUUUAACGAUGUGAAGAUUGACCUGAGAGUUAUCGUUCUGCUGGAGUCUGAGGGGAAGCAGAACCUCAUUGGCUUCUCUGAGACGGGCGUCAACAGGAUCAACUACGCAGCCUAUCUAGAGGAGGUUAACAAAGGGGUGACUCAGGUGGACUUGCUGUCGUACGCCAAUGAGCUCGAGGCACAGACAGACCUUAUGCCCAAGGGGCCCCUCCAGACCUCUCUAAAGGGCCACGCCAACAGUCUCCGGCAGAUCCACAGUCAGCAGGUCGUCCCUAUGGAGCAGGCCAUGAGUAUGCUGAACCAGAGCAUCAGACUACUGGAGAGGACGGCCUCAGACCUGCCGAACAAAGUCGCCGAUGUACUGGCGACCAUCGAAGCAGCGCAGUAUCUCAUCUCCCAGAAUGCCACACAAGUCGUCAACCAGGAAACGGAAAAGUACAAGCAAACCAUUGUUGGAUAUUUCAGGCAAUACAUAGAGUGGGUCAGGACUUCUCUGACCAUGGAGGUAGCGGCUUGCAAACCCUUCAGCAACAUCGUGGACACAGUGGAGAUCGUAGCCUGCAGCUUCUUGGUUGACUCAUUGAACACAUUCUGGUUUGGCCUAGGCUGCUGUGCCCUAUUCCUCCUUCCUAGCAUCAUCCUGUCAGUAAAACUGGCAAAGUUCUACCGCAGAAUGGACACAGAGGAUGUUUACGAUGACAUUGAGACAAUUCCCAUGAAAACCAUCCUUGCCUAUGACACUAUGACUAGGUUCCCACGGGCCUCCGCUCCCCCCAGGCAUAUUGACUGGUGAGAGAGGCCCAGGCUUUUUGACCGACUCCAGAAAGUGCCAUUGGAAACUGGAACUGAAACACUAGAUUGACACCAUCAAUUUCCCACCCCUUGGACAAGACAAAGCUUCAAAAAUAAGUCCUUACCUGAUGUAUUUUGUGUGUGUUCCUCUCUUCCUCGGUCUGCACGGAUCUUUUUACUGACAAGAUCCUAAUGACCAGUCACAGCCUGUUCUGGAUAUCCGCUGUCCAAUAGGACCCCCCUCGGACACUACAGAAGGUGCUGUCAUCAACCCUUUCUUUGAUCCUCCCGGGGGGGGAAACUAUAAGGAAGCCAUACAUCUGAGCCAGUGUCGGUCGACCUUCAUCCUUCACCUCUCACAUAGCUGUCUAGUGUGUUUACAUUAGUCUGGCCACAAUAUCAGAGCCGAGGCUGAGUUCAAAUUGAGGACACAACGACAAUUACAUGGCUGUGUACUCUCAAAUCUUUUGUACUUCUUUCGCGUUGUCUAAACGGUGAAUGAAAAGAUCCUUUGAAAUGUCAUGUAGAGCUGCUACUAGAGCAUUGCCAUUACUGCUCAUAUUUGAGGGGUCUUUGCGAUGAUGUUUUACUAACUGAUGAGGCGUAUCACGUGAAACAAACAGGUUUGAGGCAAACUCCAGACGGUUGCCUUUUAGACCUGUUUUACCAUAGCCUUUUGACUGGUGUCCACCAUCUUGUUGAAUAUGAGGAAAACUGUAUCUCAUAUCAGUGUAUAACAGGUAGAAUAUCACAUGAACCUGGACAGAAAUGUCAAGAGACUAUAACAUUCCUUACCUGAUCAAUUGAUUAACAUUAAAUGCAAAGUAUCCUGUUGCGUAUACUAACACGGCACGUUAAUAAAGAUAUUUUCCGGGCUAUUGUAGUGGUCAAACUUUAAAUUGGAGAACUGCUAUUUGAAGCCAAAUCCUAUUUUUACUGUAGGUCUCAGGUCUUUAGUUGUAUAACAGUUAUGCAUAAUAUAUUGUUUCAAUCUUUUUUGUUGUUGUAAAUCCCACAGUAGCUUUUGGUACCUAUGGAAGGGGGAAUGUAUUGAAUAGUAAUUUGUAUAUAAGAGAUGUAUUGCUUAAAGUGAUUUAUGACACCCAUGUGUGGACUAUGCUGAACAACGUUAACAUACUGUAAAAAUGUGCCACCCCCCCAAUAACAUAGCCCAUCUGUUCUCACUUGUUUACACGUUCCUUCUUUCCUACUGUCUGCCUCACAAAGAUGGGGACAUUAGCCUGCUUAACUACCAUGUGCUGUCAAUCAAAUAGCAUUAAUCCAAUCCAAAAGAGGCUUGUUGACGAGUGGAGCGAGGACAUCUUAUUGGUAUAACUGAUCUUGCCCAUUGAGUCUCGGAAAGAAAUGCCACUUCCCAAUCAACCAUUACUACUUAAUAAGUACAUGCCUGCAGACUGCUUACCUUAACAAGUGUAUGAUUAAUCACAUAACACGCUAUUUAAUGACAGACAUUUUAUAUGCACCAUCUGGUUAGAUAGUGGGUGCAAUGUUUCCUGCAGACUGCUUACCUUAACAAGUGUAUGAUUAAUCACAUAACACGCUAUUUAAUGACAGACAUUUUAUAUGCACCAUCUGGUUAGAUAGUGGGUGCAAUGUUUCCUGUUUCCUGGUUGUUUUAAGGGUAUAACUGUAAUGGUGGCACUGGAGGGUGCACUGGGGGGUGCACUGAUGGUGCUCAUUGGAAAUGUGUGUCCUUGUAAUGAUGUUUGUUUUUUUGAAAGUGUACAAAUGUGAAUAAACUUUCAGUUGCAUUCUUGUA